GACGCCGCCGCUCACCAACGCGACGCCGACCAGGACAAGGGAACAAUUAUCUCCUCAGUGCUGAUGAAAGCAUCGUGACAAGAUGGCGUCGGAUGGUAUGCUAUCGUUGUCAUGGAACAACCACAAAGCUACAUUUUGCCACAUCCUCGCGACGCUAAGAGAAAAGGAGAGAUACACUGAUGUGACGUUAGCGUGUGAGGGCAAGUUCUAUCCAGUGCACAAACUUGUCUUAUCAACGUGUAGUGAGUACUUUGAGAAGAUGUUUGAACAUACUCCGUGUAAACAUCCGGUCGUAGUUUUAAAGGACGUCAAGCCAGAUGAGUUGGAGGCUCUAUUAAGUUAUAUGUAUGCCGGUGUUGUGAGUGUAGCUCAAAAUGACCUGGCGCGUCUUAUCAAAGCUGCCGAGUUGCUACAGAUAAAGGGCUUGGCCGUGCCAGAUGAACCACCCAUGAAAGACAGUGGCAAGAAAAAUUCAUACCCCUGGAGUUCCCGCGACGACAGAAGUAGUCCACACCCUAAACGAAGAAGACGGGAAGAGCCGAUCCAGUCAGUCCAACAGGGUGCAGGGUCACAGGCGUCGGAAAGUCCUCCCUCCUCCCCACAUCCUCCAGAAGCAAACAACAGUUGGGAACAGGGCAAGGGAGUAAUGCAGGACCAAAGAGAAGACAGCAUUGAUCACAGAUUAAGUGAACGGACAGAACCAACAGUCGACUACAAUUCCACGAAGCAAGAAGCUUCACAUGCUCAGGAUUCUGUAGAUGAGACUCUAGUCAAAGAAGAAAUUGUAGAUACUGUGGAGGACAAUCAAGGGGAGAUGUUAGAUUCUGGGAUGGAUUAUGGGUCUGUGGGAGGAGGUGACUCGAGUACAGGAGGUGAUGAACAGGCAAACAAAUAUACCCACCACUUGGACGCUAAGCAUCCGCAGCCACUCCCAGAAGCAGUUGUUGAAGCGUUAGCUGGACCUUCUGGGAUGCAAGGGUGGCUUGGUACAGGUGAACUUGGCGGAGGCUUUGGUAUGCUGGAAGGCUAUUCUGAAGAUGGGAGCCAGGAGGUUCACCCAUCUUCCUCUGGUCCACCUGGGAGUCAACAGGCCCACCAGAUGGUAUGGGUGGAUAAUGACAGUCUUAUGGAUGAUGAAGGAAGCAUGGCAGCUAAGGUGGACCUCAUCGGCAGCAGAAAAAUGACCAAAAUGUACCAGUGCACACAGUGUAGCUAUAAAACUAGCAAUCGUUGUGAUAUUACAAAGCAUUAUUCUACUCACACUGGGGUAAAACCUUUUUCCUGCUUACACUGCUCAUAUCAAACGGCUGAUAAAUCAAACCUGACAAAACACAGUCGUAUCCACACUGGAGAGAAACCCUACUUCUGUCCAUGUUGUCCAUAUCGAGCCACUCGGAGUGAUAGUGUUAAAAGUCACUUUGCAAAUGUUCAUAAGUUCACCUAGGGCGUAACACUGUAAUACUAACACUAUCAAAUAUGGCAUCUGAUUUCCUGAUUUAUGCUAAGAAUCAGCUUGUUGGCUGUGUGUCCUUCUCACACAAUUUUAGCUUCUCAUAAUUCCUAGAUUAAAACCAAACAUGGAGAGUAUGCAAACUUGUGUGGAAAAGCUAUUCAUAUUUACACAUUCAACUUGUAUCCUCUUGGAGAUGAAAUUAAAAACGAUUCUUGACCAAGGAAAAUUUAUAGAUUAUAUAUGUUUUCCAUAUAAUAGGCAUCCCACAUCAUAAGAUUAUUCACCCCCCAGGAAAUGAAUUAUCGUAAGGAACUAUUUUAAAUUUUAUCAUGAUGACUACUUAACUUUCUGUAUUUUUUUUCCUUUAUUUAGUUAUCUAUUUAGAGCUGCUGUAUUGUACACAAGUUUUAUAUGUAUGAAAUAUGAGGGGGUUGGUGACCACGGUCCUCCUAACUAAAUAGUAUCAGGUUUUGUAAUCUUUCGGAAGAUCUCCUUUGUAGAAUAUAUAUACAGUACUGUAUUGUAGUUUCAUAUUUUAGUCAAACACUUGACCCCAUUCCUACUCAUUUGUUUGAGAAAUUUACAGGAAUCUGAUCAUAUCCACAAGUUUUAUCAAUAUUCUUUUUUUUUCACAAGUUUCUAUAAAUUCUACUUCCAAACAUAAACAUGACAGCCUUUUUUGUUUCUCACCUCUACUGUAUCCUCAUCAUAAUGCAGUACUUUUUGCUUCUGCCUUUUUCCCCUCUCUUCUUCUACUUCAUAUAUAAGCAACCACUCAUUAAAGUCUCACCUCUUUUGUGUUCUCUUUUCUUGUUUAUUUAUUUUGCCCUUUUCUAAAUUUAUGUAUUUAUGUUUAUUGUCAUUAUGUAUCUUCCUACAUUCUUUUUUUUUAGUGAAUUAUUGUAUUCUGUUUACAAGUUUUUCUAAUUUCAUUGUGAAGUUCUUAUACUAUGAGCCUCACUGCCUGAAGGUCCUGAUCAACAUUCUUUUCCUAUCCGGUGUUAUAUAAAUUUCGGUUGUGAUCUAGUCAGCUUUAGUCUUUUUGUUAUAUAAGUUCCUUUCCACUCUAUAAUGUUAUGUCUUUGUAUUUACUCCAUUGUUCUACUUUCUGUUCUUCGUGUCCUUCCCACAGUAGGUUCCAAUUUUGAGUUCUGUCUCUAUAUCUGUUUUCUGCUUCCCUAAAUCCCUUAUAAUUUUAUCAAGCUUUUUGUUUCUUAAGUUUUUCCCUCCCAGUACUCACCAGAGGAUAUAAUCUAUCUCAUAGUUUUCCCUGGGUAGGACUUAGCUUAGGUGAUGGUACUUGGUAUUUUAGUUUCUCCAUUGAGCGGACUGUAUGGAGAGGAAAAUACGUUAUAUCAAGGGCCAGUUAGAUGUGAAACUCCCAUCUCAUGGAUCAUAUGGUUAGAGAAGUCCAUUAUUUCGAGGUUUCACUGUAUUUGAUUCCUGACAACAUCUUUUUUAUUAUCUUGGGGUAGCGUCAUUUUACAAAUGGCCUUGGGGUGAUGUUCAAACCAGGAUUUUCUAAUUUUCAUCAUCUUCUUUAACUUUCUCUUCGAUUAUGCCUUAAUACCUAACCCCAUGGUCCUAAUUCUGGUGAUUCAUUCCCCUUUCUUACCUGUGCAUUAAACUCACCCAAUUAUAGUUAAAUACCUGUACUGUACUCAUUAGACCUCAUUCUCACUAAUUUGUUGAAGAAAAGAAAAUUAUUAUUGGCAAGUACUGUACAGUUCUUGUACAUAAGUUGAGCAUUAAAGCGACCAACAGAAUUAUUUGACUUUGCCCAUUAUACCUUUACAUAACUGUACUCAGCUUCCACUUUACAACACUCCCCAACACCUCUUCCAAGCUUCCACCUAAGGAUAUAAAAAGACAUUAUUCUCCACUUAUGCUCUUUGAACUUGUCCAUCUUAUUUCACUUAAUCCCAAGCUUUUACACUGCAACAUCUUCAUCUCCCUGUCAGCAUUUGUGUCCUGUGCUUCCUAUCUUUACACAACACCCUCACAUUCAUAGUGACUAUUUUGAGUUCAAGUUCUGAUUGUUGUUUGGUGUCAAAGGCUUUGUCGUGUUUACAUAGUACUGUACUUGCUAACUCUCAUAGCAUGCUGCUCGUGAGCAGGAGAGAUACUGUACUUCGGUUGAACUUUUGAGUUAUUGUCUGUCUAACAUGAAUGCUCGAAAAUUUUAUUUAGUGCCUGUCCAGGGUGGUUGUAGGACAAUAAUGGAAAUGACAUGAGGAACAUAAAGAAAUGGAAACCGUUCACACAUGAGCUAUCUGGGGUAGAGGUCACUUAUACUGUACCCCGCUGUGGAAAAAAUCAGCUCGUCACAUUUUUACUCAACAGUUUAAACUUUCACUCUGGCAAAUGAUAUAUAAAUAAUGUUGAGGCAGCACUUACUUAACUGCAUCUCAGGAGAAAGAGCAGUUAAAUAGUAAAUAAGGUAAACCUACUAUCUAUAAGAAGAAAUAAUGUCAUUAUUCAUACACAGUAUGAAAUAUAUGAUAGUGUAGUAAUGUGUGAACUGACUCCCUGACUAAGCUCAAGCCAAUUUACAUUUCAUAGGUGUUGACUAGUUGUUGAGUGAGUCAACCCACACCCGCCAGUCCACUGUCUUUUUUUUUCAAUAUUAUAUAAAUUAAGUGUUUUUAGGUUCACUUAAUUGUAUUAAUUAUUUCAAACAUUGAGAAAGGGAAAAAAGGCAGAGGAUUUACUGAUGUGGCAUUCUGACUCUCUCAGCCAACAACCACUAACUGUAAUGGUUGCUAAGGCCACAAAAAGUGGGUGGAGUUCAGUUGUAGGUCAGCUGUUAUUUUCUGGUACUUGUGAUAUGAAAGCUAAAUCGGCUCAUAGGUGUAGGUGGUCAGUGGCUUGGUGACAACACAAGCCUUGCAUCACCAACACUGUGAGCCUAGAUAACAAAAUUGGGUGCCUUUAUUAUAUAAGAUAUACAACUAUACUGUAGGACUAAUGUAUAUGUAAGUUUAUUAUUAUGUAUGAAAAAGAGCAUAAUUAUCAUUAUAUUAAUAUUUUAUGAUUGAAUAAAUCUGAAUUAAAUUGUUUUGUCAUUGGAAAAAAUGUACAGUACAGUAUAUGUACAGUACAUUAUCUACAGUAUACAAAAUUUACCUACACACACACACACACACACACACACACACACAAAAUACAGUACUGUAUAUACAGGAGCUGUAAAUAUUACAAGAAAUCUGUGUGCUACUUAUAACAGUUAUUUAUUACAGUAUUUACUUUGCUUAACUACAGUAUAUUUGUGAAUUUGGAAAGAAUUAUAUAUUAGACAUACUGUACUGUAUAUCAUAUGUAUCUUUAAUAUGGUACUUGAACGCUCUCUAUAAGUGUAUUUGGAACUUCCACUUAACAUUUCCCCCCCUAAGAACACUGUGGCUGAAAGUCUUGUAUUUAUGUUGCCAGUAAAGUCUUCAGGAGAAUCCCAGUCAGUCAAUGUAUUAGUUAGUAUGUCCGUGUUUUAUUUAUCAGUGUGUAAAGAUUGUCUUGUGUGUUCGUGGAUAAAGUACAUAUGAAGCCUUGCUGGAGAUAUAGUUCCUGGGGAGGACAUAUGCCAGGGAAAGGUCUUCAUGUAUAGUUGAUUUAUGCCUUUCUAUAUAUGAGCAGCUUUAGGGGCGUCUGUCUUGACUCUUACACUGUAGGGCGCUUAGUAGCACACGUUGUCUGUCCGUAACUGAUCAUUUGAGACGGAGAAUGUCUUGGGGUGUUGAGACAGGGUGAUUGUCUUGAAGUGUAGAGACAGGGAAAUUGUCUCGGCGUGUUGAAAGAUGGAAAUUGUCUUGUUCUCUUGGGGUGUAUAGACAGGAAGAUUAUCUUGUGGUGUUUAGACAGGGAAAUUGUCUUGGGGUAUUGAGACAGGGAAACUGUCUUGAGGUGUUGGGCUUAACUCGGCUCUCCAACACAGACAGGUGGCUUCGUGCAGCUUGCAGAUAGUAUGGAGUAAAAUAUAUGUUGGGUAGAUAUGUUUAUAAAAUAUGAUUACAUUUUUGUAUGAGGGCAGGACUGAAAUUGACAGUAUCCUGCACAUUGCCAAAUGUAAAGGCAUUAUCCUAGAGAAUUUAUAAUUAAUCUUAGUGCUUUGAUUAAAUAUACUGUAUUUAAUUUUACAGGAUAGGAGUUUUAUAUACCUGAUUUCAAUAAAAUAUGAAAAUUACUGGUUGUUUAAAUAAUUUCAAUCUACAUCACAGGUCCAUCUCUUUAUAUGCAAUUUAUUUUAUGUAUCUGAUCAGGGUAUCUCACUGUGAGCUAACUACUGACCUGGUUGGCACACUCAAUUAACAUCACAAUCACCAUGUCAACACAUUUCCUCCUUCCUCCAUCACAAACACCAUAAUGUCAACACACUUCCUCCUUCCUCCCUCACAGACACCAUAAUAUCAACACAAUUCCUCCUUCCACCCUCACAAUUUUCAUCUUAUUCAUUUGUUUCUUGAAAGUGAAAAUUCCAAUCUUCUAAGCAUAUUUAAUUAUCGUCCUAUCAAUAAGUGUAGAAAAUACGCAUCUAUUGUUAUCUUCAGGUCAGUAAAUCUGUCCCAUGUAAUGAGCCAAGGUAAGAUUAUGUUACACACUAGUUAAAGUCCAGUUGGUGUUGUUUCCACUUGAUUAUUCGUUUCAUCUUCCCUUGCAAGAAAAGGAAUUCGUUAUUACAGGUAUUUUAUACUCCAUGAAGACUUCAGUGAAUGACUAAUGCAAAUGAUGUGAAUCAGAAUUAAUGUAUUUUGUAUUCCAAGUUAUGUUAAUGCUUAGAAUAUACUGUAAUGCAUUGUACAGGUACUUAAAUACGAUAAAUGACUUUCCAAUUCCUUUACAAUUAUCUAGAUAGUAAGUAACGUCUUGAAGAACUUAAAAUUAAAUUUAAUU